GAAGUGAAACAGUGGGCAGCCAUUAACAGCGAGCACAACAACUGCAAAAGAGCCCCAAUCGACGCAGAGAAGCGUCAUGUUGUUGUCGCUGUCUUUGCAAUAUGUAGAACAAACGCAACAACAAGAACAACCUACUCAAUUAACCCAAUGCGAUUUUUGGCCGAGAAUAACAACUCCAUUAAAAAUCGAGUAAAAAACGGGCUUCAGUUCAUCUAAUUUAGCAGGGGAAGCCAGCACUAAAAGUUGUUAAAACACCGACAUUUUUAAUAAUACCGGUCCGAAAAAUACGCAAAGCUAUUGCCAGAAGCAAGUAGAACGAACAAAAGCACAUUGAAGCCCAACAAGAGAGCUUGAAACUGACGAAAAAGUAGCAAACAAUUUGCUAGUGUUGUUCACAACAACUGGAACUACAACAACAACAACAACAUCAACAACAAGUGUCGCCGUUUCUUAAUGCAAAACAACCAUUCUGUGAUAUCUUAAGAUCCAAAGAUGACAUCGUUAACCUUGCACUUGAUAGUAAUAACGCUGCUGGCGGCGGCAGCGAUUACAGCGGCAGCAGAGGGAGCGGCCACACGUUCGCCUGUGCAGCGUGGCAGAGGAGCAGCCGGCGGCGCGCCAGCCCCAUCGACGACCAGCACGCAGGCGCCCACAUUGCGCGCGCCACGCCAGCGGCGUCUGCCCACAACGCUGUCCAUUGACGAUGGCAACGGUUACCGCGGCAGCAGCACCACGCCGCUGCCGGCGACGCCGCGACAGCAGCGACGUCGUUUCACCACAGCAACAACAACAACAACGGCAACAACAACAACGACAACUGCGGCGCCAGCAUCUGCCGGCAGCUAUGUACGCACCAGCGGCAGCAACCGUGGCAGCAUCAGAGCCGCCCGCCAGCCACGCGACACGCCAACGCCAACGCUGGGCGAGCGCGAGGCCAGCGCUGGGAGCGCUGGGAGCGAUGGAAACGCCCGCAACCAAAGGCUCCAGUCACAUCAAGCGUUGUCAUCGGCGUCCUCCAAUCCACUCGCCGUCUUCAAUGCUUCGUCGCGCAGCGGCGCCCUCAAAACGCCGCGCAUGAUCCAGCGCCUGGUGGCUGGCCACAUUCACAACGCGCAGGGCCACUCUACCUAUGAGGUGUCUGCGGUGAGCGCCAACAGCAGCAGGAGCAUUGGAAUAGCAACAACAACCACAACAACAGCAACAACAACAACAACAAAAAGCCCAAGCACGAGAACAACACGUCGCAAGGCGAGCAGCACUUAUCGCCUGGCCAGACCGUCGCCAUCGCCAUCGCCAGCGCCAGAGCGGGACCAGGACGAUGACGAGGCGCUGCUUAAUGAACCGGAUGACUUUGACAACUGGGACAAUGGCAUACUGCGGUUGAGUGCCGGCUCGGGCAAGGAGGAGGCGGAGGCAGCCAGCGCCAAAGGCCAGAGCAAGCAGAGCAAGGAGGAUGCCAAGAAGACGCUCGCGGAUCAGGUGCGCGAUGGCAAGUACGGUCUGAUCGAGAAGGAGCUCUUUCGCCGCGUGCCCAAGCGUCCGGGCGUGCUGAGCUAUGCCCGCAACUCGGAGGUGCCACUGGACAAUGAGCGCAACUUCGGUGGGCUCAGCGAGCAGGACAUUUGGCUGGCCGAGGAUCAUUUGCUGGUCAUCAAAGGCGGCGGUCUGAAUGAGGCCGAGGGCGAUGGCGACGGCGCUGAUGCCUGGCCAGCCAUUGACGAUUACGAUGCGCCGCCACGACAGAUCAAGCUGCCAGCGAAUCCCGUGGUGCCGCCUCCAUUUCCCGUGCAGCUCGAGCCGCAUGGGCCACUGCAGCUUAUCCGAGAUAAUCAAAUCGAGGGCUUCCAUACGACAGCUGGCAAUGCAACGCUAUCCGCUGUGGGUCAGCACGCGUCCCACGGCCAAGUCCACGGAGCUGCCCACGGCCCGGGGUCGCAUCCUGCUGCCCGGACGGGAGCGAUUGCGUCGGCUAAGGCAGCUGACCCGGAGCCCAGCUACGUCUACCCGACGCCCUAUGCGCCCUGGCUGCUCUCCAACAACGAGACGCCGGCCCAUACGCCUGCCAGUCCGGCGCCCAAUGCUGUGCUAAGGACUCCGCUGCUUGGUCCCUGGAUAAUCAAUGGCCUGCACGGUAACGGCAAUGCCUCCGGUCCGGGUGCCCUGCACGGCAACAUCAGCGACUUUGACGAAGACGAUCCCUCGCUGUACUAUCCGCCCGCGUACAACUUUGUGUAUAGGAGCAACUAUUCCAAUCCGGUGCCGCCGGGUCCGUUGGUUCCGGGCAUAGUGCUGCCACCGCCGCCGGAUCACUUUAGUCUGCUGGAGACGACAACGUCGACGACAACGCGACGUCCCUUCACCACUCCGACCAGCAGCACCACCACCAGCACCAGCACCAGCAGCAGCACAACCACAACCACCACAAGCACAAGCAGCACACGAGCUCCACCGUCGCGGCUGUCGGUCAAGUACAAUUCCAUUGGCUACCUGCCGCCCGCGCCGCGUCAGCCCAACAAGUAUGUGGAGCGCGUGCCAGUGCCCGUGGCUGUGCCCAUACCCAUUUAUCCCGUCAACUAUCAGGCGACGACGCCGCGGCCACAGCCAGCCGCACAGCUGGUCUUUGUGCCGAGUUUGAGCAGCACGGAACGCAGUCGGGAUCGGGAUCGUGAGCAGGCACCGCUCUCGAAAUCAAAUCCGAUUUACUAUGAAUACUUUGAGGCCAAACGGCAGCCAUCCUCCCUCAAGUCCAAUGUGAUCAAUGACUUCCUGGGCACCAAGCCGCCCAAGCGGCCGCAUUACAAAUCCCCUCCGAGUCCCGUCAACGAUGUCGCCGUGGUGAGCAUUACGCCCAAACCACGUGUCCAGCUACACUCGGAGUACGAUGCGGCUCUGGGCCAACUGAUCAGAAGCAAUCUGAUCGCGCCGCCGGCAACUGGCCGCUUCCAGCCGCCCGACUUCGACAGGCAACCCUUUCUGCCCAUGGUCAACUACAGCGCCGACGAGCACGAUCAGAAUGCCUUCAAGGCAAUAGUCUAUCAGCCCCAGCCCCAGUCCCAGCCCCAGCCCCAGCAGCAGCAGCCCCAGCAGCAGCUACAGCUGCAGCGCCAGCGCCAGUUGCGAGUGGGCAAGCAUCAGCAGCUGCAGCUACAACUGGAGCCAACCAUACAGCCGGCACAGGACCAGGACUCAUAUCUGCCGGAUUCUCUGCUGUUGCAGCGUCAGCGCCAACUGCGGGUGGGCAAGCAGCAGCUGCAGCUGCAGCUGCAGUCGCCUUCGCCAGCGCCCGGGCCCGGGCCGUACGAUGGACAGCAGGGCGUUUACAGCACGCCGCCCACCUAUCUGGACAAUCAGCUGCAGCCCCGUCCGGCCAAAUACCAGCUGCGUCCGCCGGCACCCGCGCCGCUGCAGUUCUGGCAGCGUCCCGCAGCGCCACCGCCGCCACCGCCGCCAGCGCCGCAGUUCAAGCGUUUGCGCCACGGCAGCGCCAAGCAUUCGUAUCCGCCGUACUUUGUGCCCAGCUACCCGAGCGGGCCCGCAUCGGAGCCCCUGUACCGCCUGUUGCCCGUUCAGCAGCACAAGCACUGGCGACAGAGCAACAAACAGCAGCAGCAGCAACAAAUUCAAGUGCAACCGCAGCCACAGCAGCAAUAUUAUCCCGAUCGUGGCGUCAACAUUGGCCACAGCCUGGCCAGCGACAUUUUGGUGAACUACAACAGCAACAAUCAGUUCAAUCCGCAGGCGGAGCUGGUGCCCCAGGCACAACUGGGGCCCCCGCCUCUGUCCUACCAGGCGCAGAACGGCGGCCAGGCAUCGCUCUGGUCGGACAGGCCGGUGCGACAGUCGCGCGCUCAGCUGCAGGAGCAGGCCUAAAGGAGCAAGGAGAGGAGCACGAAACGAAA